GGGAAGGACAGCUGUUAUAACAUGAUGCAGUGUGUUGCUGCUGGGCAUCAGAUUGUUGCUCUAGCCAAUUUAAGACCUGCAGAAAACACAGGGCAGUCUGAUGAAUUGGACAGCUAUAUGUAUCAGACAGUAGGAUACCAUGCCAUUGACCUAUAUGCUGAUGCAUUGGAUUUGCCACUCUAUCGUGGUUUCAUAAAGGGUAGCAGUGUAAACACUGGAAGAGUGUAUACCACAUGUCAGGAAGAUGAAGUUGAAGACCUUUACCACCUCUUGAAACUUGUUAAGGACAAAGAAGGAGUGGAGGGUGUAUCUGUGGGAGCCAUUCUUUCUGACUACCAGAGAGUUCGAGUUGAAAAUGUAUGCAGAAGGCUUAAUCUUCAGCCUUUAGCUUACCUUUGGCGUCGGAACCAGGAAGUAUUGCUUAAAGAAAUGAUAUCAUCUAACAUUCAAGCCAUAAUAAUAAAAGUGGCUGCUUUUGGUUUAGAUCCAGAUAAGCAUCUAGGAAAAACUCUGGGUCAAAUGGAGCCUUAUCUUUUGGAGCUUUCUGAGAAAUAUGGAGUCCAUGUUUGUGGAGAAGGUGGAGAGUAUGAAACAUUCACUCUGGACUGCCCUCUAUUUAAGAAGAAAAUAGUUGUAGAUUCAGCCAAUGUGGUUGUGCAUUCAGCUGAUGCAUUUGCACCUGUGGCUUACCUUCAUUUUUUAAAAUUACACCUGGAGAAUAAGGGGGAAUCUUCAGGUACAUUUAUGGUCAAUAGCUGUUCUUGUGAGGUGAACUGCAGCGAUGACAGUAUUUUCCCUUCAUCAGAAGAGGAUGAACCACAGAAAAACAUUCCAGUCUUCUGGAAGUCUUUGAAACAUAAUUCUUUGGAUUUUGCUAAGACAUUUGGAAGUUCAGGAAGAUCCCUGAGUGGUUACCAGUGGUUUUCAGGUAUCACUGCCUGCUUCCUUCCAUCAACAGGCAAAAAUGCUCAAGAGGCAGCAAGAGAAGCAUUUUCUUCUCUCCAAGGUGCUUUAUUCAGUUAA